AUGAGAGACUCACAGGAUAACACUACAUCAACAACAAUAACACCAAAUAACAUUACACAAGAUGCCACAACAACAACACCAGAACUAAAUACCAUUACGGAACCUUCAACUGUAACCGCAGAUAUGUCGAGCAUAACAGAGUAUCAAACAUCAAUGGUAGAUAUGACGACGGUAAAACAAUUCACGACAAAUGAUGUUAAUACUACUACAUCAGAUACAGCCACAGCAACAACAGAACAAACGACAAGGGGGAAAACUACGACAGUACAGGCCACUAUUACAUCAGAGGCAGAUACAACAACAGUUCAACUGUCAACGUCGACUGAAGCUCCAACUACCACUGUGGACCAAACAACAACUUCUGAAGUUUUGACUACAACUGUAGACCAAUCGACAACAGGGGCACAAACUACGACAGAAUCGGCCUCAACUACAUCGGAGGCAGAUACAACAACUGCACGACAAACAAUGUCUACUGAGAUACCUACUACCACUGUAGAUCAAACAACCACUUCUGAAGUUCUUUCUACAACUAUAGAUCAAACGACAACAGUGGCACAAACUACGACUGAACAGGCCACUACUACCUCAGAGGCAGAUACAACAACAGUUCAACUGACAACGUCGACUGAAGCUCCAACUACCACUGUAGACCAAACAACAUCUUCAGAAGUUCUGUCUACAACUGCAGAUCAAACCACAACAGGGGCACAAACUACGACAGAACAGGCCACUACUACCUCAGAGGCAGAUACAACAACAGUUCAACUGACAACGUCGACUGAAGCUCCAACUACCACUGUGGACCAAACAUCAACUUCUGAAGUUCUGUCUACAACUGCAGAUCAAAUCACAACAGGGGCACAAACUACGACGGAACAGGCCACUUCUACUUCUGAGGGAGAUACAACAACAGUUCAACUGACAACGUCGACUGAAGCUCCAACUACCACUGUAUAUCAAACAACCACAUCUGAAGUUCUGUCUACAACUGCAGAUCAAAUCACAACAGGGGCACAAACUACGACAGAACAGGCAACUACUACGUCUGAGGCAGAUACAACAACAGUUCAACUGACAACGUCGACUGAAGCUUUAACUACCACUGUUGACCAAACAACAACUUCAGAAGUUCUGUCUACAACUGUAGAUAAAACCACAACAGGGUCACAAACUACGACAGAACAGGCCACUACUACCUCAGAGGCAGAUACAACAACAGUUCAACUGACAACGUCGACUGAAGCUCAAACUACCACUGUAGACCAAACAACAACUUCACAAAUUGUGUCUACAACUGCAGAUCAAACCACAACAGGGGCACAAACUACGACGGAACAGGUCACUUCUACCUCUGAGGCAGAUACAACAACGGUUCAACUGACAACGUCGACUGAAGCUCAAACUACCACUGUAGACCAAACAACAACUUCAGAAGUUCUGUCUUCAACUGCAGAUCAAACCACAUUAGGGGCACAAACUACGACGGAACAGGCAACUACUACCUCAGAGGCAGAUACAACAACACUUCAACUGACAACGUCGACUGAAGCUCCAACUACCACUGUGGAUCAAACAACAACUUCUGAAGUUCUUUCUACAACUGCAGAUCAAACCACAACAGUGGCACAAACAACGACGGAACAGGCCACUUCUACCUAUGAGGCAGAUACAACAAUGGAUCAACUGACAACGUCGACUGAGGCUCCAACUACCACUGUAGAUCAAACAACCACAUCUGAAGUUCUGUCUACAACUGCAGAUCAAACCACAACAGGGGCACAAACUACGACGGAACAGGUCACUUUUACCUCUGAGGCAGAUACAACAACGGUUCAACUGACAACGUCGACUGAAGCUCCAACUACCACUGUAGACCAAACAACAACUUCAGAAGUUCUGUCUACAACUGCAGAUCAAACCACAACAGGGGCACAAACUACGACGGAACAGGUCACUUCUACCCCUGAGGCAGAUACAACAACGGUUCAACUGACAACGUCGACUGAGGCUCUAACUACCACUGUAGAUCAAACAACCACAUCUGAAGUUCUGUCUACAACUGCAGAUCAAACCACAACAGGGGCACAAACUACGACGGAACAGGCCACUACUACCUCAGAGGCAGAUACAAUAACAGUUCAACUGACAACGUCGACUGAAGCUUUAACUACCACUGUGGACCAAACAACAACUUCUGAAGUUCUGUCUACAACUGUAGAUAAAACCACAACAGGGGCACAAACUACGACGGAACAGGCCACUUCUACCCCUGAGGCAGAUACAACAACGGUUCAACUGACAACGUCGACUGAGGCUCUAACUACCACUGUGGACCAAACAACAACUUCUGAAGUUCUGUCUACAACUGUAGAUAAAACCACAACAGGGGCACAAACUACGACGGAACAGGCCACUACUACCUCCGAGGCAGAUACAACAACGGUUCAACUGACAACGUCAACUGAAGCUCCAACUACCGCUGUGGACCAAACAACCACAACUGAAGUUCUGUCUUCAACUGCAGAUCAAACCACAACAGGGGCACAAACUACGACGGAACAGGCCACUACUACCUCCGAGGCAGAUACAACAACGGUUCAACUGACAACGUCGACUGAAGCUCCAACUACCGCUGUGGACCAAACAACAACUUCACAAAUUGUGUCUACAACUGCAGAUCAAACCACAACAGGGGCACAAACUACGACGGAACAGGUCACUUCUACCUCUGAGGCAUAUACAACAACGGUUCAACUGACAACGUCGACUGAAGCUCAAACUACCACUGUAGACCAAACAACAACUUCACAAAUUGUGUCUACAACUGCAGAUCAAACCACAACAGGGGCACAAACAACGACGGAACAGGUCACUUCUACCUCUGAGGCAUAUACAACAACGGUUCAACUGACAACGUCGACUGAAGCUCAGACUACCACUGUAGACCAAACAACAACUUCAGAAGUUCUGUCUACAACUGCAGAUCAAACCACAUUAGGGGCACAAACUACGACGGAACAGGCAACUACUACCUCUGAGGCAGAUACAACAACAUUUCAACUGACAACGUCGACUGAAGCUCCAACUACCACUGUGGACCAAACAACAACUUCUGAAGUUCUUUCUACAACUGCAGAUCAAACCACAACAGUGGCACAAACAACGACGGAGCAGGCCACUUCUACCUCUGAGGCAGAUACAACAACGGAUCAACUGACAACGUCGACUGAGGCUCCAAAUACCACUGUAGAUCAAACAACCACAUCUGAAGUUCUGUCUACAACUGCAGAUCAAACCACAACAGGGGCACAAACUACGACGGAACAGGUCACUUUUACCUCUGAGGCAGAUACAACAACGGUUCAACUGACAACGUCGACCGAAGCUCCAACUACCACUGUAGACCAAACAACAACUUCAGAAGUUCUGUCUACAACUGCAGAUCAAACCACAACAGGGGCACAAACUACGACGGAACAGGCCACUUCUACCCCUGAGGCAGAUACAACAACAGUUCAACUGACAACGUCGACUGAGGCUCUAACUACCACUGUAGAUCAAACAACCACAUCUGAAGUUCUGUCUACAACUGCAGAUCAAACCACAACAGGGGCACAAACUACGACGGAACAGGCCACUACUACCUCAGAGGCAGAUACAACAACAGUUCAACUGACAACGUCGACUGAAGCUUUAACUACCACUGUGGACCAAACAACAACUUCUGAAGUUCUGUCUACAACUGUAGAUAAAACCACAACAGGGGCACAAACUACGACGGAACAGGCCACUUCUACCUCCGAGGCAGAUACAACAACGGUUCAACUGACAACGUCGACUGAAGCUCCAACUACCUCUGCGGACCAAACAACAACUUCUGAAGUUCUGUCUACUACUGCAGAUCAAACCACAACAGGGGCACAAACUACGACGGAACAGGCCACUACUACCUCCGAGGCAGAUACAACAACGGUUCAACUGACAACGUCGACUGAAGCUCCAACUACCUCUGCGGACCAAACAACAACUUCUGAAGUUCUGUCUACUACUGCAGAUCAAACCACAACAGUGGCACAAACUACGACUGAACAGGCCACUACUACCUCCGAGGCAGAUACAACAACAGUUCAACUGACAACGUCGACUGAAGCUCCAACUACCACUGUAGACCAAACAACAUCUUCAGAAGUUCUGUCUACAACUGCAGAUCAAACCACAACAGGGGCACAAACUACGACAGAACAGGCCACUACUACCUCAGAGGCAGAUACAACAACAGUUCAACUGACAACGUCGACUGAAGCUCCAACUACCACUGUGGACCAAACAUCAACUUCUGAAGUUCUGUCUACAACUGCAGAUCAAAUCACAACAGGGGCACAAACUACGACGGAACAGGCCACUUCUACUUCUGAGGGAGAUACAACAACAGUUCAACUGACAACGUCGACUGAAGCUCCAACUACCACUGUAUAUCAAACAACCACAUCUGAAGUUCUGUCUACAACUGCAGAUCAAAUCACAACAGGGGCACAAACUACGACAGAACAGGCAACUACUACGUCUGAGGCAGAUACAACAACAGUUCAACUGACAACGUCGACUGAAGCUUUAACUACCACUGUUGACCAAACAACAACUUCAGAAGUUCUGUCUACAACUGUAGAUAAAACCACAACAGGGUCACAAACUACGACAGAACAGGCCACUACUACCUCAGAGGCAGAUACAACAACAGUUCAACUGACAACGUCGACUGAAGCUCAAACUACCACUGUAGACCAAACAACAACUUCACAAAUUGUGUCUACAACUGCAGAUCAAACCACAACAGGGGCACAAACUACGACGGAACAGGUCACUUCUACCUCUGAGGCAGAUACAACAACGGUUCAACUGACAACGUCGACUGAAGCUCAAACUACCACUGUAGACCAAACAACAACUUCAGAAGUUCUGUCUACAACUGCAGAUCAAACCACAUUAGGGGCACAAACUACGACGGAACAGGCAACUACUACCUCAGAGGCAGAUACAACAACACUUCAACUGACAACAACGACUGAAGCUCCAACUACCACUGUGGAUCAAACAACAACUUCUGAAGUUCUUUCUACAACUGCAGAUCAAACCACAACAGUGGCACAAACAACGACGGAACAGGCCACUUCUACCUAUGAGGCAGAUACAACAAUGGAUCAACUGACAACGUCGACUGAGGCUCCAACUACCACUGUAGAUCAAACAACCACAUCUGAAGUUCUGUCUACAACUGCAGAUCAAACCACAACAGGGGCACAAACUACGACGGAACAGGUCACUUUCACCUCUGAGGCAGAUACAACAACGGUUCAACUGACAACGUCGACUGAAGCUCCAACUACCACUGUAGACCAAACAACAACUUCAGAAGUUCUGUCUACAACUGCAGAUCAAACCACAACAGGGGCACAAACUACGACGGAACAGGUCACGUCUACCCCUGAGGCAGAUACAACAACGGUUCAACUGACAACGUCGACUGAGGCUCUAACUACCACUGUAGAUCAAACAACCACAUCUGAAGUUCUGUCUACAACUGCAGAUCAAACCACAACAGGGGCACAAACUACGACGGAACAGGCCACUACUACCUCAGAGGCAGAUACAAUAACAGUUCAACUGACAACGUCGACUGAAGCUUUAACUACCACUGUGGACCAAACAACAACUUCUGAAGUUCUGUCUACAACUGUAGAUAAAACCACAACAGGGGCACAAACUACGACGGAACAGGCCACUUCUACCCCUGAGGCAGAUACAACAACGGUUCAACUGACAACGUCGACUGAGGUUCUAACUACCACUGUGGACCAAACAACAACUUCUGAAGUUCUGUCUACAACUGUAGAUAAAACCACAACAGGGGCACAAACUACGACGGAACAGGCCACUACUACCUCCGAGGCAGAUACAACAACGGUUCAACUGACAACGUCGACGGAAGCUCCAACUACCGCUGUGGACCAAACAACCACAACUGAAGUUCUGUCUUCAACUGCAGAUCAAACCACAACAGGGGCACAAACUACGACGGAACAGGCCACUACUACCUCCGAGGCAGAUACAACAACGGUUCAACUGACAACGUCGACUGAAGCUCCAACUACCGCUGUGGACCAAACAACAACUUCACAAAUUGUGUCUACAACUGCAGAUCAAACCACAACAGGGGCACAAACUACGACGGAACAGGUCACUUCUACCUCUGAGGCAUAUACAACAACGGUUCAACUGACAACGUCGACUGAAGCUCAAACUACCACUGUAGACCAAACAACAACUUCACAAAUUGUGUCUACAACUGCAGAUCAAACCACAACAGGGGCACAAACAACGACGGAACAGGUCACUUCUACCUCUGAGGCAUAUACAACAACGGUUCAACUGACAACGUCGACUGAAGCUCAAACUACCACUGUAGACCAAACAACAACUUCAGAAGUUCUGUCUACAACUGCAGAUCAAACCACAUUAGGGGCACAAACUACGACGGAACAGGCAACUACUACCUCUGAGGCAGAUACAACAACAUUUCAACUGACAACGUCGACUGAAGCUCCAACUACCACUGUGGACCAAACAACAACUUCUGAAGUUCUUUCUACAACUGCAGAUCAAACCACAACAGUGGCACAAACAACGACGGAGCAGGCCACUUCUACCUCUGAGGCAGAUACAACAACGGAUCAACUGACAACGUCGACUGAGGCUCCAAAUACCACUGUAGAUCAAACAACCACAUCUGAAGUUCUGUCUACAACUGCAGAUCAAACCACAACAGGGGCACAAACUACGACGGAACAGGUCACUUUUACCUCUGAGGCAGAUACAACAACGGUUCAACUGACAACGUCGACCGAAGCUCCAACUACCACUGUAGACCAAACAACAACUUCAGAAGUUCUGUCUACAACUGCAGAUCAAACCACAACAGGGGCACAAACUACGACGGAACAGGCCACUUCUACCCCUGAGGCAGAUACAACAACAGUUCAACUGACAACGUCGACUGAGGCUCUAACUACCACUGUAGAUCAAACAACCACAUCUGAAGUUCUGUCUACAACUGCAGAUCAAACCACAACAGGGGCACAAACUACGACGGAACAGGCCACUACUACCUCAGAGGCAGAUACAACAACAGUUCAACUGACAACGUCGACUGAAGCUUUAACUACCACUGUGGACCAAACAACAACUUCUGAAGUUCUGUCUACAACUGUAGAUAAAACCACAACAGGGGCACAAACUACGACGGAACAGGCCACUUCUACCUCCGAGGCAGAUACAACAACGGUUCAACUGACAACGUCGACUGAAGCUCCAACUACCUCUGCGGACCAAACAACAACUUCUGAAGUUCUGUCUACUACUGCAGAUCAAACCACAACAGGGGCACAAACUACGACGGAACAGGCCACUACUACCUCCGAGGCAGAUACAACAACGGUUCAACUGACAACGUCGACUGAAGCUCCAACUACCUCUGCGGACCAAACAACAACUUCUGAAGUUCUGUCUACUACUGCAGAUCAAACCACAACAGGGGCACAAACUACGACGGAACAGGCCACUUCUACCCCUGAGGCAGAUACAACAACGGUUCAACUGACAACGUCGACUGAGGCUCUAACUACCACUGUAGAUCAAACAACCACAUCUGAAGUUCUGUCUACAACUGCAGAUCAAACCACAACAGGGUCACAAACUACGACGGAACAGGCCACUACUACCUCAGAGGCAGAUACUACAACAGUUCAACUGACAACGUCGACUGAAGCUUUAACUACCACUGUUGACCAAACAACAACUUCUGAAGUUCUGUCUACAACUGCAGAUCAAACCACAACAGGGGCACAAACUACGACGGAACAGGCCACUACUACCUCAGAGGCAUAUACAACAACAGUUCAACUGACAACGUCGACUGAAGCUCCAACUACCACUGCGGACCAAACAACAACUUCUGAAGUUCUGUCUACAACUGCAGAUCAAACCACAACAGGGGCACAAACUACGACGGAACAGGCCACUUCUACCUCUGAGGCAGAUACAACAACAGUUCAACUGACAACGUCGACUGAGACUCCAACUACCACUGUAGACCAAACAACCACAUCUGAAGUUCUGUCUACAACUGUAGAUCAAACGACAACAGUGGCACAAACUACGACGGAACAGGCCACUACUACCUCAGAGGCAGAUACAACAACAGUUCAACUGACAACGUCGACUGAAGCUCCAACUACCGCUGUGGACCAAACAACAACUUCAGAAGUUCUGUCUACAACUGCAGACCGAACCACAAGAGGGGCACAAACUACGACGGAACCGGCCACUACUACCUCAGAGGCAGAUACAACAACAGUUCAACUGACAACGUCGACUGAAGCUCAAAAUCAAACCACAACAGGGGCACAAACUACGACGGAACAGGUCACUUCUACCUCUGAGGCAGAUACAACAACGGUUCAACUGACAACGUCGACUGAAGCUCAAACUACCACUGUAGACCAAACAACAACUUCAGAAGUUCUGUCUACAACUGCAGAUCAAACCACAUUAGGGGCACAAACUACGACGGAACAGGCAACUACUACCUCAGAGGCAGAUACAACAACAUUUCAACUGACAACGUCGACUGAAGCUCCAACUACCACUGUGGACCAAACAACAACUUCUGAAGUUCUUUCUACAACUGCAGAUCAAACCACAACAGUGGCACAAACAACGACGGAACAGGCCACUUCUACCUCUGAGGCAGAUACAACAACGGAUCAACUGACAACGUCGACUGAGGCUCCAACUACCACUGUAGAUCAAACAACCACAUCUGAAGUUCUUUCUACAACUGCAGAUCAAACCUCAACAGGGGCACAAACUACGACGGAACAUGCCACUUCUACCCCUGAGGCAGAUACAACAACGGUUCAACUGACAACGUCGACUGAGGCUCUAACUACCACUGUAGAUCAAACAACCACAUCUGAAGUUCUGUCUACAACUGCAGAUCAAACCACAACAGGGGCACAAACUACGACGGAACAGGUCACUUUCACCUCUGAGGCAGAUACAACAACGGUUCAACUGACAACGUCGACUGAAGCUCCAACUACCACUGUAGACCAAACAACAACUUCAGAAGUUCUGUCUACAACUGCAGAUCAAACCACAACAGGGGCACAAACUACGACGGAACAGGUCACGUCUACCCCUGAGGCAGAUACAACAACGGUUCAACUGACAACGUCGACUGAGGCUCUAACUACCACUGUAGAUCAAACAACCACAUCUGAAGUUCUGUCUACAACUGCAGAUCAAACCACAACAGGGGCACAAACUACGACGGAACAGGCCACUACUACCUCAGAGGCAGAUACAAUAACAGUUCAACUGACAACGUCGACUGAAGCUUUAACUACCACUGUGGACCAAACAACAACUUCUGAAGUUCUGUCUACAACUGUAGAUAAAACCACAACAGGGGCACAAACUACGACGGAACAGGCCACUUCUACCCCUGAGGCAGAUACAACAACGGUUCAACUGACAACGUCGACUGAGGUUCUAACUACCACUGUGGACCAAACAACAACUUCUGAAGUUCUGUCUACAACUGUAGAUAAAACCACAACAGGGGCACAAACUACGACGGAACAGGCCACUACUACCUCCGAGGCAGAUACAACAACGGUUCAACUGACAACGUCGACGGAAGCUCCAACUACCGCUGUGGACCAAACAACCACAACUGAAGUUCUGUCUUCAACUGCAGAUCAAACCACAACAGGGGCACAAACUACGACGGAACAGGCCACUACUACCUCCGAGGCAGAUACAACAACGGUUCAACUGACAACGUCGACUGAAGCUCCAACUACCGCUGUGGACCAAACAACAACUUCACAAAUUGUGUCUACAACUGCAGAUCAAACCACAACAGGGGCACAAACUACGACGGAACAGGUCACUUCUACCUCUGAGGCAUAUACAACAACGGUUCAACUGACAACGUCGACUGAAGCUCAAACUACCACUGUAGACCAAACAACAACUUCACAAAUUGUGUCUACAACUGCAGAUCAAACCACAACAGGGGCACAAACAACGACGGAACAGGUCACUUCUACCUCUGAGGCAUAUACAACAACGGUUCAACUGACAACGUCGACUGAAGCUCAAACUACCACUGUAGACCAAACAACAACUUCAGAAGUUCUGUCUACAACUGCAGAUCAAACCACAUUAGGGGCACAAACUACGACGGAACAGGCAACUACUACCUCUGAGGCAGAUACAACAACAUUUCAACUGACAACGUCGACUGAAGCUCCAACUACCACUGUGGACCAAACAACAACUUCUGAAGUUCUUUCUACAACUGCAGAUCAAACCACAACAGUGGCACAAACAACGACGGAGCAGGCCACUUCUACCUCUGAGGCAGAUACAACAACGGAUCAACUGACAACGUCGACUGAGGCUCCAAAUACCACUGUAGAUCAAACAACCACAUCUGAAGUUCUGUCUACAACUGCAGAUCAAACCACAACAGGGGCACAAACUACGACGGAACAGGUCACUUUUACCUCUGAGGCAGAUACAACAACGGUUCAACUGACAACGUCGACCGAAGCUCCAACUACCACUGUAGACCAAACAACAACUUCAGAAGUUCUGUCUACAACUGCAGAUCAAACCACAACAGGGGCACAAACUACGACGGAACAGGCCACUUCUACCCCUGAGGCAGAUACAACAACAGUUCAACUGACAACGUCGACUGAGGCUCUAACUACCACUGUAGAUCAAACAACCACAUCUGAAGUUCUGUCUACAACUGCAGAUCAAACCACAACAGGGGCACAAACUACGACGGAACAGGCCACUACUACCUCAGAGGCAGAUACAACAACAGUUCAACUGACAACGUCGACUGAAGCUUUAACUACCACUGUGGACCAAACAACAACUUCUGAAGUUCUGUCUACAACUGUAGAUAAAACCACAACAGGGGCACAAACUACGACGGAACAGGCCACUUCUACCUCCGAGGCAGAUACAACAACGGUUCAACUGACAACGUCGACUGAAGCUCCAACUACCUCUGCGGACCAAACAACAACUUCUGAAGUUCUGUCUACUACUGCAGAUCAAACCACAACAGGGGCACAAACUACGACGGAACAGGCCACUACUACCUCCGAGGCAGAUACAACAACGGUUCAACUGACAACGUCGACUGAAGCUCCAACUACCUCUGCGGACCAAACAACAACUUCUGAAGUUCUGUCUACUACUGCAGAUCAAACCACAACAGGGGCACAAACUACGACGGAACAGGCCACUUCUACCCCUGAGGCAGAUACAACAACGGUUCAACUGACAACGUCGACUGAGGCUCUAACUACCACUGUAGAUCAAACAACCACAUCUGAAGUUCUGUCUACAACUGCAGAUCAAACCACAACAGGGUCACAAACUACGACGGAACAGGCCACUACUACCUCAGAGGCAGAUACUACAACAGUUCAACUGACAACGUCGACUGAAGCUUUAACUACCACUGUUGACCAAACAACAACUUCUGAAGUUCUGUCUACAACUGCAGAUCAAACCACAACAGGGGCACAAACUACGACGGAACAGGCCACUACUACCUCAGAGGCAUAUACAACAACAGUUCAACUGACAACGUCGACUGAAGCUCCAACUACCACUGCGGACCAAACAACAACUUCUGAAGUUCUGUCUACAACUGCAGAUCAAACCACAACAGGGGCACAAACUACGACGGAACAGGCCACUUCUACCUCUGAGGCAGAUACAACAACAGUUCAACUGACAACGUCGACUGAGACUCCAACUACCACUGUAGACCAAACAACCACAUCUGAAGUUCUGUCUACAACUGUAGAUCAAACGACAACAGUGGCACAAACUACGACGGAACAGGCCACUACUACCUCAGAGGCAGAUACAACAACAGUUCAACUGACAACGUCGACUGAAGCUCCAACUACCGCUGUGGACCAAACAACAACUUCAGAAGUUCUGUCUACAACUGCAGACCGAACCACAAGAGGGGCACAAACUACGACGGAACCGGCCACUACUACCUCAGAGGCAGAUACAACAACAGUUCAACUGACAACGUCGACUGAAGCUCAAAGUACCACUGUAGACCAAACAACAACUUCACAAAUUGUGUCUACAACUGCAGAUCAAACCACAACAGGGGCACAAACUACGACGGAACAGGUCACUUCUACCUCUGAGGCAGAUACAACAACGGUUCAACUGACAACGUCGACUGAAGCUCAAACUACCACUGUAGACCAAACAACAACUUCAGAAGUUCUGUCUACAACUGCAGAUCAAACCACAUUAGGGGCACAAACUACGACGGAACAGGCAACUACUACCUCAGAGGCAGAUACAACAACAUUUCAACUGACAACGUCGACUGAAGCUCCAACUACCACUGUGGACCAAACAACAACUUCUGAAGUUCUUUCUACAACUGCAGAUCAAACCACAACAGUGGCACAAACAACGACGGAACAGGCCACUUCUACCUCUGAGGCAGAUACAACAACGGAUCAACUGACAACGUCGACUGAGGCUCCAACUACCACUGUAGAUCAAACAACCACAUCUGAAGUUCUUUCUACAACUGCAGAUCAAACCUCAACAGGGGCACAAACUACGACGGAACAUGCCACUUCUACCCCUGAGGCAGAUACAACAACGGUUCAACUGACAACGUCGACUGAGGCUCUAACUACCACUGUAGAUCAAACAACCACAUCUGAAGUUCUGUCUACAACUGCAGAUCAAACCACAACAGGGGCACAAACUACGACGGAACAGGCCACUACUACCUCAGAGGCAGAUACAACAACAGUUCAACUGACAACGUCGACUGAAGCUUUAACUACCACUGUGGACCAAACAACAACUUCUGAAGUUCUGUCUACAACUGUAGAUAAAACCACAACAGGGGCACAAACUACGACGGAACAGGCCACUACUACCUCCGAGGCAGAUACAACAACGGUUCAACUGACAACGUCGACUGAAGCUCCAACUACCGCUGUGGACCAAACAACAACUUCUGAAGUUCUGUCUACAACUGUAGAUCAAUCGACAACAGGGGCACAAACUACGACGGAACAGGCCACUACUACCUCAGAGGCAGAUACAACAACAGUUCAACUGACAACGUCGACUGAAGCUCCAACUACCGCUGUGGACCAAACAACAACUUCUGAAGUUCCGUCUACAACUGUAGAUAAAACCACAACAUGGGCACAAACUACGACGGAACAGGCCACUUCUACCCCUGAGGGAGAUACAACAACGGUUCAACUGACAACGUCGGCUGAGGCUCUAACUACCACUGUAGAUGAAACAACCACAUCUGAAGUUCUGUCUACAACUGCAGAUCAAACCACAUUAGGGGCACAAACUACGACGGAACAGGCCACUACUACCUCAGAGGCAGAUACAACAACAGUUCAACUGACAACGUCGACUGAAGCUCCAACUACCACUGUGGACCAAGCAACAACUUCUGAAGUUCUGUCUACAACUGCAGAUCAAACCACAACAGUGGCACAAAUUACGACGGAACAGGCCACUUCUACCUCUGAGGCAGAUACAACAACGGAUCAACUGACAACGUCGACUGAGGCUCCAACUACCACUGUAGAUCAAACAACCACAUCUGAAGUUUUGUUUACAACUGCUGAUCAAACCACAACAGAGGCACCAACUACGACGGAACAGGCCACUUCUACCUCUGAGGCAGAUACAACAACGGUUCAACUGACAACGUCGACUGAAGCUCAAACUACCACUGUAGACCAAACAACAACUUCAGAAGUUCUGUCUACAACUGCAGAUCAAACCACAACAGGGGCACAAACUACGACGGAACAGGCCACUACUACCUCCGAGGCAGAUACAACAACGGUUCAACUGACAACGUCGACUGAAGCUCCAACUACCUCUGCGGACCAAACAACAACUUCUGAAGUUCUGUCUACUACUGCAGAUCAAACCACAACAGGGGCACAAACUACGACGGAACAGGCCACUUCUACCCCUGAGGCAGAUACAACAACGGUUCAACUGACAACGUCGACUGAGGCUCUAACUACCACUGUAGAUCAAACAACCACAUCUGAAGUUCUGUCUACAACUGCAGAUCAAUCGACAACAGGGGCACAAACUACGACGGAACAGGCCACUACUACCUCAGAGGCAGAUACAACAACAGUUCAACUGACAACGUCGACUGAAGCUCCAACUACCGCUGUGGACCAAACAACAACUUCUGAAGUUCCGUCUACAACUGUAGAUAAAACCACAACAUGGGCACAAACUACGACGGAACAGGCCACUUCUACCCCUGAGGGAGAUACAACAACGGUUCAACUGACAACGUCGGCUGAGGCUCUAACUACCACUGUAGAUGAAACAACCACAUCUGAAGUUCUGUCUACAACUGCAGAUCAAACCACAUUAGGGGCACAAACUACGACGGAACAGGCCACUUCUACCUCUGAGGCAGAUACAACAACGGUUCAACUGACAACGUCGACUGAAGCUCAAACUACCACUGUAGACCAAACAACAACUUCAGAAGUUCUGUCUACAACUGCAGAUCAAACCACAACAGGGGCACAAACUACGACGGAACAGGCCACUACUACCUCCGAGGCAGAUACAACAACGGUUCAACUGACAACGUCGACUGAAGCUCCAACUACCUCUGCGGACCAAACAACAACUUCUGAAGUUCUGUCUACUACUGCAGAUCAAACCACAACAGGGGCACAAACUACGACGGAACAGGCCACUACUACCUCCGAGGCAGAUACAACAACGGUUCAACUGACAACGUCGACUGAAGCUCCAACUACCGCUGUGGACCAAACAACAACUUCUGAAGUUCUGUCUACAACUGUAGAUCAAUCGACAACAGGGGCACAAACUACGACGGAACAGGCCACUACUACCUCAGAGGCAGAUACAACAACAGUUCAACUGACAACGUCGACUGAAGCUCCAACUACCGCUGUGGACCAAACAACAACUUCUGAAGUUCCGUCUACAACUGUAGAUAAAACCACAACAUGGGCACAAACUACGACGGAACAGGCCACUUCUACCCCUGAGGGAGAUACAACAACGGUUCAACUGACAACGUCGGCUGAGGCUCUAACUACCACUGUAGAUGAAACAACCACAUCUGAAGUUCUGUCUACAACUGCAGAUCAAACCACAUUAGGGGCACAAACUACGACGGAACAGGCCACUACUACCUCAGAGGCAGAUACAACAACAGUUCAACUGACAACGUCGACUGAAGCUCCAACUACCACUGUGGACCAAGCAACAACUUCUGAAGUUCUGUCUACAACUGCAGAUCAAACCACAACAGUGGCACAAAUUACGACGGAACAGGCCACUUCUACCUCUGAGGCAGAUACAACAACGGAUCAACUGACAACGUCGACUGAGGCUCCAACUACCACUGUAGAUCAAACAACCACAUCUGAAGUUUUGUUUACAACUGCUGAUCAAACCACAACAGAGGCACCAACUACGACGGAACAGGCCACUUCUACCUCUGAGGCAGAUACAACAACGGUUCAACUGACAACGUCGACUGAAGCUCAAACUACCACUGUAGACCAAACAACAACUUCAGAAGUUCUGUCUACAACUGCAGAUCAAACCACAACAGGGGCACAAACUACGACGGAACAGGCCACUACUACCUCCGAGGCAGAUACAACAACGGUUCAACUGACAACGUCGACUGAAGCUCCAACUACCUCUGCGGACCAAACAACAACUUCUGAAGUUCUGUCUACUACUGCAGAUCAAACCACAACAGGGGCACAAACUACGACGGAACAGGCCACUUCUACCCCUGAGGCAGAUACAACAACGGUUCAACUGACAACGUCGACUGAGGCUCUAACUACCACUGUAGAUCAAACAACCACAUCUGAAGUUCUGUCUACAACUGCAGAUCAAACCACAACAGGGUCACAAACUACGACGGAACAGGCCACUACUACCUCAGAGGCAGAUACAACAACAGUUCAACUGACAACGUCGACUGAAGCUUUAACUACCACUGUUGACCAAACAACAACUUCUGAAGUUCUGUCUACAACUGUAGAUAAAACCACAACAGGGUCACAAACUACGACGGAACAGGCCACUACUACCUCAGAGGCAGAUACAACAACAGUUCAACUGACAACGUCGACUGAAGCUUUAACUACCACUGUUGACCAAACAACAACUUCUGAAGUUCUGUCUACAACUGUAGAUAAAACCACAACAGGGGCACAGACUACGACGGAACAGGCCACUACUACCCCUGAGGCAGAUACAACAACAGUUCAACUGACAACGUCGACUGAAGCUCCAACUACCACUGCGGACCAAACAACAACUUCUGAAGUUCUGUCUACAACUGCAGAUCAAACCACAACAGGGGCACAAACUACGAUGGAACAGGCCACUUCUACCUCUGAGGCAGAUACAACAACAGUUCAACUGACAACGUCGACUGAGACUCCAACUACCACUGUAGACCAAACAACCACAUCUGAAGUUCUGUCUACAACUGUAGAUCAAACGACAACAGUGGCACAAACUACGACGGAACAGGCCACUACUACCUCAGAGGCAGAUACAACAACAGUUCAACUGACAACGUCGACUGAAGCUCCAACUACCGCUGUGGACCAAACAACAACUUCAGAAGUUCUGUCUACAACUGCAGACCGAACCACAAGAGGGGCACAAACUACGACGGAACAGGCCACUACUACCUCAGAGGCAGAUACAACAACAGUUCAACUGACAACGUCGACUGAAGCUCAAAGUACCACUGUAGACCAAACAACAACUUCACAAAUUGUGUCUACAACUGCAGAUCAAACCACAACAGGGGCACAAACUACGACGGAACAGGUCACUUCUACCUCUGAGGCAGAUACAACAACGGUUCAACUGACAACGUCGACUGAAGCUCAAACUACCACUGUAGACCAAACAACAACUUCAGAAGUUCUGUCUACAACUGCAGAUCAAACCACAUUAGGGGCACAAACUACGACGGAACAGGCAACUACUACCUCAGAGGCAGAUACAACAACGGUUCAACUGACAACGUCGACUGAAGCUCCAACUACCACUGUGGACCAAACAACAACUUCUGAAGUUCUUUCUACAACUGCAGAUCAAACCACAACAGUGGCACAAACAACGACGGAACAGGCCACUUCUACCUCUGAGGCAGAUACAACAACGGAUCAACUGACAACGUCGACUGAGGCUCCAACUACCACUGUAGAUCAAACAACCACAUCUGAAGUUCUGUCUACAACUGCAGAUCAAACCACAACAGGGGCACAAACUACGACGGAACAGGUCACUUUUACCUCUGAGGCAGAUACAACAACGGUUCAACUGACAACGUCGACUGAAGCUCCAACUACCACUGUGGACCAAACAACAACUUCUGAAGUUCUUUCUACAACUGCAGAUCAAACCACAACAGUGGCACAAACAACGACGGAACAGGCCACUUCUACCUCUGAGGCAGAUACAACAACGGAUCAACUGACAACGUCGACUGAGGCUCCAACUACCACUGUAGAUCAAACAACCACAUCUGAAGUUCUGUCUACAACUGCAGAUCAAACCACAACAGGGGCACAAACUACGACGGAACAGGUCACUUUUACCUCUGAGGCAGAUACAACAACGGUUCAACUGACAACGUCGACUGAAGCUCCAACUACCACUGUGGACCAAACAACAACUUCUGAAGUUCUUUCUACAACUGCAGAUCAAACCUCAACAGGGGCACAAACUACGACGGAACAGGCCACUUCUACCCCUGAGGCAGAUACAACAACGGUUCAACUGACAACGUCGACUGAGGCUCUAACUACCACUGUAGAUCAAACAACCACAUCUGAAGUUCUGUCUACAACUGCAGAUCAAACCACAACAGGGGCACAAACUACGACGGAACAGGCCACUACUACCUCAGAGGCAGAUACAACAACAGUUCAACUGACAACGUCGACUGAAGCUUUAACUACCACUGUGGACCAAACAACAACUUCUGAAGUUCUGUCUACAACUGUAGAUAAAACCACGACAGGGGCACAAACUACGACGGAACAGGCCACUACUACCUCCGAGGCAGAUACAACAACGGUUCAACUGACAAGGUCGACUGAAGCUCCAACUACCACUGUGGACCAUACAACAACUUCUGAAGUACUGUCUACAACUGUUGAUCAAACCACAACAGGGGCACAAACUACGACGGAACAGGCCACUUCUACCUCAGAGGCAGAUACAACAACAGUUCAACUGACAACGUCGACUGAAGCUCCAACUACCGCUGUGGACCAAACAACAACUUCUGAAGUUCUGUCUACAACUGUAGAUAAAACCACAACAGGGGCACAAACUACGACGGAACAGGCCACUUCUACCCCUGAGGCAGAUACAACAACGGUUCAACUGACAACGUCGACUGAGGCUCUAACUACCACUGUAGAUGAAACAACCACAUCUGAAGUUCUGUCUACAACUGCAGAUCAAACCACAACAGGGUCACAAACUACGACGGAACAGGCCACUACUACCUCAGAGGCAGAUACAACAACAGUUCAACUGACAACGUCGACUGAAGCUCCAACUACCGCUGUGGACCAAACAUCAACUUCUGAAGUUCUGUCUACAACUGCAGAUCAAACCACAACAGUGGCACAAACAACGACGGAACAGGCCACUUCUACCUCUGAGGCAGAUACAACAACGGAUCAACUGACAAAGUCGACUGAGGCUCCAACUACCACUGUAGAUCAAACAACCACAUCUGAAGUUCUGUCUACAACUGCAGAUCAAACCACAACAGGGGCACAAACUACGACGGAACAGGUCACUUUUACCUCUGAGGCAGAUACAACAACGGUUCAACUGACAACGUCGACUGAAGCUCCAACUACCACUGUAGACCAAACAACAACUUCAGAAGUUCUGUCUACAACUGCAGAUCAAACCACAACAGGGGCACAAACUACGACGGAACAGACCACUUCUACCCCUGAGGCAGAUACAACAACGGUUCAACUGACAACGUCGACUGAGGCUCUGACUACCACUGUAGAUCAAACAACCACAUCUGAAGUUCUGUCAACAACUGCAGAUCAAACCACAACAGGGGCACAAACUACGACGGAACAGGCCACUACUUCCUCAGAGGCAGAUACAACAACAGUUCAACUGACAACGUCGACUGAAGCUCCAACUACCACUGUAGACCAAACAACAUCUUCAGAAGUUCUGUCUACAACUGCAGACCGAACCACAAGAGGGGCACAAACUACGACGGAACAGGUCACUUCUACCUCAGAGGCAGAUACAACAACAGUUCAACUGACAACGUUGACUGAAGCUUUAACUACCACUGUGGACCAAACAAAAACUUCUGAAGUUCUGUCUACAACUGUAGAUAAAACCACAACAGGGGCACAAACUACGACGGAACAGGCCACUACUACCUCAGAGGCAGAUACAACAACAGUUCAACUGACAACGUCGACUGAAGCUCCAACUACCGCUGUGGACCAAACAACAACUUCUGAAGUACUAUCUACAACUGUAGAUCAAACGACAACAUUGGCACAAACUACGACGGAACAGGCCACUACUACCUCAGAGGCAGAUACAACAACACUUCAACUGACAACGUCGACUGAAGCUCCAACUACCACUGUAGACCAAACAACAACUUCAGAAAUUGUGUCUACAACUGCAGAUCAAACCACAAUAGGGGCACAAACUACGACAGAACAGGUCACUUCUACCUCUGAGGCAGAUACAACAACAGUUCAACUGACAACGUCGACUGAAGCUCCAACUACCACUGUGGACCAAACAACAACUUCUGAAGUUCUGUCUACAACUGCAGAUCAAACCACAUUAGGGGCACAAACUACGACGGAACAGGCCACUACUACCUCAGAGGCAGAUACAACAACAGUUCAACUGACAACGUCGACUGAAGCUCCAACUACCACUGUGGACCAAGCAACAACUUCUGAAGUUCUGUCUACAACUGCAGAUCAAACCACAACAGUGGCACAAAUUACGACGGAACAGGCCACUUCUACCUCUGAGGCAGAUACAACAACGGAUCAACUGACAACGUCGACUGAGGCUCCAACUACCACUGUAUAUCAAACAACCACAUCUGAAGUUUUGUUUACAACUGCAGAUCAAACCACAACAGAGGCACCAACUACGACGGAACAGGUCACCUCUACCUCUGAGGCAGAUACAACAACGGUUCAACUGACAACGUCGACUGAAGCUCCAACUACCACUUUAGACCAAACAACAACUUCUGAAGUUCUGUCUACUACUGCAGAUCAAACCACAACAGGGGCACAAACUACGACGAAACAGGCCACUUCUACCUCAGAGGCAGAUACAACAACAGUUCAACUGACAACGUCGACUGAAACUCCAACUACCACUGUGGACCAAACAACAUCUUCAGAAGUUCUGUCUACUACUGCAGAUCAAACCACAACAGGGGCACAAACUACGACGAAACAGGCCACUUCUACCUCAGAGGCAGAUACAACAACAGUUCAACUGACAACGUCGACUGAAACUCCAACUACCACUGUGGACCAAACAACAUCUUCUGAAGUUCUGUCUACAACUGCAGAUCAAACCACAACAGGGGCACAAACUACGACGGAACAGGCCACUUCUACCUCUGAGGCAGAUACAACAACGGAUCAACUGACAAUGUCGACUGAGGCUCCAACUACCACUGUAGACCAAACAACAUCUUCAGAAGUUCUGUCUACCACUGCAGACCAAACCACAACAGGGGCACAAACUACGACGGAACAGGUCACUUCUACCUCUGAAGCAGAUACAGCAACGGUUCAACUGACAACGUCGACUGAAGCUCCAACUACCGCUGUGGACCAAACAACAACUUUUGAAGUACUGUCUACAACUGUAGAUCAAACGACAACAUUGGCACAAACUACGACGGAACAGGCCACUACUACCUCAGAGGCAGAUACAACAACAGUUCAACUGACAACGUCGACUGAAGCUCAAACUACCACUGUAGACCAAACAACAACUUCACAAAUUGUGUCUACAACUGCAGAUCAAACCACAACAGGGGCACAAACUACGACGGAACAGGUCACUUCUACCUCUGAGGCAGAUACAACAACGGUUCAACUGACAACGUCGACUGAAGCUCAAACUAACACUGUAGACCAAACAACAACUUCAGAAGUUCUGUCUACAAAUGCAGAUCAAACCACAUUAGGGGCACAAACUACGACGGAACAGGCAACUACUACCUCAGAGGCAGAUACAACAACAUUUCAACUGACAACGUCGACUGAAGUUCCGACUACCACUGUGGACCAAACAACCACUUCUGAAGUUCUGUCUUCAACUGCAGAUCAAACCACAACAUGGGCACAAACAACGACGGAACAGGCCACUUCUACCUCUGAGGCAGAUACAACAACGGAUCAACUGACAACGUCGACUGAGGCUCCAACUACCACUGUAGAUCAAACAACCACAUCUGAAGUUCUGUCUACAACUGCAGAUCAAACCACAACAGGGGCACAAACUACGACGGAACAGGUCACUUCUACCUCUGAGGCAGAUACAACAACGGUUCAACUGACAACGUCGACUGAAGCUCCAACUACCACUGUAGACCAAACAACAACUUCAGAAGUUCUGUCUACAACUGCAGAUCAAACCACAACAGAGGCACGAACUACGACGGAACAGGCCACUACUACCUCAGAGGCAGAUACAACAACAGUUCAACUGACAACGUCGACUGAAGCUCCAACUACCACUGUGGACCAAACAACAACUUCUGAAGUUCUGUCUACAACUGCAGAUCAAACCACAACAGGGGCACAAACUACGACGGAACAGGCCACUUCUACCUCUGAGGCAGAUACAACAACAGAUCAACUGACAACGUCCACUGAGGCUCCAACUACCACUGUAGAUCAAACAACCACAUCUGAAGUUCUGUCUACAACUGCAGAUCAAACGACAACAUUGGCACAAACUACGACGGAACAGGCCACUACUACCUCAGAGGCAGAUACAACAACAGUUCAACUGACAACGUCGACUGUAGCUCCAACUACCACUAUAGAACAAACAACGUCUUCAGAAGUUCUGUCUACAACUGCAGAUCAAACGACAACAUUGGCACAAACUACGACGGAACAGGCCACUACUACCUCAGAGGCAGAUACAACAACAGUUCAACUGACAACGUCGACUGAAGCUCCAACUACCACUGUAGACCAAACAACAACUUCACAAAUUGUGUCUAAAACUGCAGAUCAAACCACAACAGGGGCACAAACUACGACGGAACAGGCCACUUCUACCUCUGAGGCAGAUACAACAACGGUUCAACUGACAACGUCGACCGGGGCUCCAACUACUACUGUGGACCAAACACCAACUUCUGAAGUUCUGUCUACAACUGCAGAUCAAACCACAACAGGGGCACAAACUACGACGGAACAGGCAACUACUACCUCAGAGGCAGAUACAACAACAUUUCAACUGACAACGUCGACUGAAGUUCCGACUACCACUGUGGACCAAACAACCACUUCUGAAGUUCUGUCUUCAACUGCAGAUCAAACCACAACAGUGACACAAACAACGACGGAACAGGCCACUUCUACCUCUGAUGCAGAUACAACAACGGAUCAACUGACAACGUCGACUGAGGCUCCAACUACCACUGUAGAUCAAACAACCACAUCUGAAGUUCUGUCUACAACUGCAGAUCAAACCACAACAGGGGCACAAACUACGACGGAACAGGUAACUUCUACCUCUGAGGCAGAUACAACAACGGUUCAACUGACAACGUCGACUGAAGCUCCAACUACCACUGUGGACCAAACAACAACUUCUGGAGUUCUGUCUACAACUGUAGAUAAAACCACAACAGGGGCACAAACUACGACGGAACAGGCCACUACUACCUCAGAGGCAGAUACAACAACAGUUCAACUGACAACGUCGACUGAAGCUCCAACUACCACUGUGGACCAAACAACAACUUCUGAAGUUCUGUCUACAACUGCAGAUCAAACCACAACAGUGGCACAAACAACGACGGAACAGGCCACUUCUACCUCUGAGGCAGAUACAACAACGGAUCAACUGACAACGUCGACUGAGGCUCCAACUACCACUGUAGAUCAAACAACCACAUCUGAAGUUCUGUCUACAACUGCAGAUCAAACCACAACAGGGGCACAAACUACGACGGAACAGGUCACUUCUACCUCUGAGGCAGAUACAACAACGGUUCAACUGACAACGUCGACUGAAGCUCCAACUACCACUGUAGACCAAACAACAACUUCAGAAGUUCUGUCUACAACUGCAGAUCAAACCACAACAGGGGCACAAACUACGACGGAACAGGCCACUUCUACCUUUGAGGCAGAUACAACAACGGUUCUACUGACAACGUCGACUGAAGCUCCAACUACCACUGUGGACCAAACAACAUCUUCUGAAGUUCUGUCUACAACUGCAGAUCAAACCACAUCAGGGGCACAAACUACGACGGAACAGGCCACUACUACCUCAGAGGCAGAUACAACAACAGUUCAACUGACAACGUCGACUGAAGCUCAAACUACCACUGUAGACCAAAUAACAACUUCAGAAAUUGUGUCAACAACUGCAGAUCAAACCACAACAGGGGCACAAACUACGACGGAACAGGUCACUUCUACCUCUGAGGCAGAUACAACAACGGUUCAACUGACAACGUCGACUGAAGCUCAAACUACCACUGUAGACCAAACAACAACUUCAGAAGUUCUGUCUACAACUGCAGAUCAAACCACAUUAGGGGCACAAACUACGACGGAACAGGCAACUACUACCUCAAAGGCAGAUACAACAACAUUUCAACUGACAACGUCGACUGAAGCUCCAACUACCACUGUGGACCAAACAACAACUUCUGAAGUUCUGUCUACAACUGCAGAUCAAACCACAACAGUGGCACAAACAACGACGGAACAGGCCACUUCUACUUCUGAGGCAGAUACAACAACGGAUAAACUGACAACGUCGACUGAGGUUCCAACUACCACUGUAGAUCAAACAACCACAUCUGAAGUUCUGUCUACAACUGCAGAUCAAACCACAACAGGGACACAAACUACGACGGAACAUGUCACUUCUACCUCUAAGGCAGAUACAACAACGGUUCAACUGACAACGUCGACUGAAGCUCCAACUACCACUGUAGACCAAACAACAACUUCAGAAGUUCUGUCUACAAGUGCAGAUCAAACCACAACAGGGGCACAAACUACGACGGAACAGGCCACUUCUACCUCAGAGGCAGAUACAACAACAGUUCAACUGACAACGUCGACUGAAACUCCAACUACCACUGUGGACCAAACAACAACUUCUGAAGUUCUGUCUACAACUGCAGAUCAAACCACAUCAGGGGCACAAACUACGACGGAACAGGCCACUACUACCUCAGAGGCAGAUACAACAACAGUUCAACUGACAACGUCGACUGAAGCUCCAACUACCUCUGUGGACCAAACAACAACUUCUGAAGUUCUGUCUACAACUGCAGAUCAAACCACAUCAGUGGCACAAACAACGACGGAACAGGCCACUUCUACCUCUGAGGCAGAUACAACAACGGAUCAACUGACAACGUCGACUGAGGCGCCAACUACCACUGUAGAUCAAACAACCACAUCUGAAGUUCUGUCUACAACUGCAGAUCAAACCACAACAGGGGCACAAACUACGACGGAACAGGCCACUACUACCUCAGAGGCAGAUACAACAACAGUUCAACUGACAACGUCGACUGAAGCUUUAACUACCACUGUGGACCAAACAACAACUUCUGGAGUUCUGUCUACAACUGUAGAUAAAACCACAACAGGGGCACAAACUACGACGGAACAGGCCACUACUACCUCAGAGGCAGAUACAACAACAGUUCAACUGACAACGUCGACUGAAGCUCCAACUACCACUGUGGACCAAACAACAACUUCUGAAGUUCUGUCUACAACUGCAGAUCAAACCACAACAGUGGCACAAACAACGACGGAACAGGCCACUUCUACCUCAGAGGCAGAUACAACAACCGAUCAACUGACAACGUCGACUGAGGCUCCAACUACCACUGUAGAUCAAACAACCACAUCUGAAGUUCUGUCUACAACUGCAGAUCAAACCACAACAGGGGCACAAACUACGACGGAACAGGUCACUUCUACCUCUGAGGCAGAUACAACAACGGUUCAACUGACAACGUCGACUGAAGCUCCAACUACCACUGUAGACCAAACAACAACUUCCGAAGUUCUGUCUACAACUGCAGAUCAAACCACAACAGGGGCACAAACUACGACGGAACAGGCCACUUCUACCUCUGAGGCAGAUACAACAACGGUUCAACUGACAACGUCGACUGAAGCUCCAACUACCACUGUGGACCAAACAACAUCUUCUGAAGUUCUGUCUACAACUGCAGAUCAAACCACAACAGGGGCACAAACUACGACGGAACAGGCCACUUCUACCUCUGAGGCAGAUACAACAACGGACCAACUGACAACGUCGACUGAGGCUCCAACUACCACUGUAGAUCAAACAACAUCUUCAGAAGUUCUGUCUACAACUGCAGACCAAACCACAACAGGGGCACAAACUACGACGGAACAGGCCACUACUACCUCAGAGGCAGAUACAACAUCGGUUCAACUGGCAACGUCGACUGAGGCUUUAACUACCACUGUGGACCAAACAACAACUUCUGAAGUUCUGUCUACAACUGUAGAUCAAACCACAACAGGGGCACAAACUACGACGGAACAGGCCACUACUACCUCAGAGGCAGACACAACAACAGUUCAACUGACAACGUCGACUGAAACUUUAACUACCACUGUAGACCAAACAACCACAUCUGAAGUUCUGUCUACAACUGCAGAUCAAACCACAACAGGGGCACAAACUACAAAUGAACAGGUCACUUCUACCUCUGAGGCAGAUACAACAACGGUUCAACUGACAACGUCGACCGAAGCUCCAACUACCACUGUAGACCAAACAACAACUUCAGAAGUUCUGUCUACAACUGCAGAUCAAACCACAACAGGGGCACAAACUACGACGGAACAGGCCACUUCUACCUCAGAGGCAGAUACAACAACAGUUCAACUGACAACGUCGACUGAAACUCCAACUACCGCUGUGGACCAAACAACAACUUCUGAAGUACUGUCUACAACUGUAGAUCAAACGACAACAUUGGCACAAACUACGACGGAACAGGCCACUACUACCUCAGAGGCAGAUACAACAACAGUUCAACUGACAACGUCGACUGAAGCUCCAACUACCACUGUAGACCAAACAACAACUUCAGAAUUUGUGUCUACAACUGCAGAUCAAACCACAACAGGGGCACAAACUACGACGGAACAGGUCACUUCUACCUCUGAGGCAGAUACUACAACGGUUCAACUGACAACGUCGACUGAAGCUCCAACUACCACUGUGGACCAAACAACAUCUUCUGAAGUUCUGUCUACAACUGCAGAUCAAACCACAACAGGGGCACAAACUACGACGGAACAGGCCACUACUACCUUAGAGGCAGACACAACAACAGUUCAACUGACAACGUCGACUGAAACUUUAACUACCACUGUAGACCAAACAACAACUUCAGAAGUUCUGUCUUCAACUUUAGAUCAAACCACAACAGGUGCACAAACUACGACAGAACAGACCACAACUACUACGGAGGCAGAUACAACAACGGAUCAACUGACAACAUCGACUGAGGCUCCAACUACCACUGUAGAUCAAACAACCACAUCUGAAGUUCUGUCUACAACUGCAGAUCAAACCACAACAGGGGCACAAACUACAACAGAAGAGGCCAUUACUACCCCAGAAAAAGAUACAACAACGGUUAAACUGACAACGUCGACUGAAGUUCCAACUACCACUGUGGACCAAACAACAACUUCUGAAGGUCUGUCUACAACUGCAGAUCAAACCACAACAGGGGCACAAACUACGACGGAACAGGCCACUACUACCUCAGAGGCAGAUACAACAACGGUUCAACUGACAACGUCGACUGAAGCUUUAACUACCACUGUGGACCAAACAACAACUUCUGAAGUUCUGUCUACAACUGCAGAUCAAACCACAACAGGGGCACAAACUACGACGGAACAGGCCACUACUACCUCAGAGGCAGACACAACAACAGUUCAACUGACAACGUCGACUGAAACUUUAACUACCACUGUAGAUCAAACAACCACAUCUGAAGUUCUGUCUACAACUGUAGAUCAAACCACAACAGGUACACAAACUACGACGGAACCGGCCACUACUACCUCAGAGGCAGAUACAACAACAGUUCAACUGACAACGUCGACUGAGGCUCUAACUACCACUGUAGAUCAAACAACAACUUCUGAAGUUCUGUCUACAACUGCAGUUCAAACCACAACAGGGGCACAAACUACGACGGGACAGGCCACUUCUAACUCUGAGGCAGAUACAACAACGGAUCAACUGACAACGUCGACUGAGGCUCCAACUACCACUGUAGAUCAAACAACCACAUCUGAAGUUCUGUCUACAACUGUAGAUCAAACCACAACAGGGGCACAAACUACGACGGAACAGGCCACUUCUACCUCAGAGGCAGAUACAACAACGGUUCAACUGACAACGUCGACUGAAGCUCCAACUACCACUGUGGACCAAACAACAACUUCUGAAGUUCUGUCUACAACUGCAGAUCUAACCACAACAAGGGCACAAACUACGACGGAACCGGACACUACUACUACGGAGGCAGAUUCAACAUUUGCACGACAAACAACGUCUACUGAAACUCCUACUACCACUGUAGAUCAAACAACCACUUCUGAGGUUCUGUCUACAACUGUAGAUCAAACCACAACAGGGGCACAAACUACGACGGAACAGGCCACUUCUACCUCUGAGGCAGAUACUACAACGGUUCAACUGACAACGUCGACUGAAACUCCUACUACCACUGUAGACCAAACAACAACUUCAGAAGUUCUGUCUUCAACUGUAGAUCAAACCACAACAGGGGCACAAACUACGACGGAACAGGCCACUUCUACCUCUGAGGCAGAUACUACAACGGUUCAACUGACAACGUCGACUGAAACUCCUACUACCACUGUAUAUCAAACAACAACUUCUGAAAUUCUGUCUACAACUGUAGAUCAAUCUACAAAAGGUGCACAAAGUACAACAGAACAGGCCAUUACUACCUCAGAAGAAGAUACAACAACGGUUAAACUGAUAACGUCGACUGAAGCUCCAACUACCACUGUGGACCAAACAACAACUUCUGAAGGUCUGUCUACAACUGUAGAUCAAACCACAACAGGUGCACAUACUACGACGGAACCGGCCACUACUACUAUGGAGGCAGAUUCAACAACUGCACGACAAACAAUGUCUACUGAAACUCCUACUACCAUUGUAGAUCAAACAACCACUUCUGAGGUUCUGUCUACAACUGCAGAUCAAACGACAACAGGUGCACAAACUACGACAGAACAGACCACUACUACUACAGAGACAGAUACAACAACGGUUCAACUGACAACGUCGACUGAAGCUCCAACUACCACUGUGGACCAAACAACAACUUCCGAAAUUCUUUCUACAACUGUAGAUCAAACUACAACAGGUGCACAAAGUACAACAGAACAGGCCAUUACUACCUCAGAUGAAGAUACAACAAGUGCACGACAAACAACGUAUACUGAAACUCCUACUACCACUGUAGAUCAAACAACCACUUCUGAGGUUCUGUCUACAACUGCAGAUCAAACGACAACAGGGGCACAAACUACGACAGAACAGGCCACUACUACCAUAAAUGCAGAUACAACAACGGUUCAACUGACAACGUCGACUCAAGCUCCUACUACCACUGUGGACCAAACAACAACUUCUGAAGUACUGUCUACAACUGUUGAUCAAACCACAACAGGUGCACAAACUACGUCGGAACCGGCCACAACUACUACGGAGGCAGAUUCAACAACUGCACGACAAAGAACGUCUACUGAAACUCCUACUACCACUGUAGAUCAAACAACCACUUCUGAGGUUCUGUCUACAACUACAGAUCAAACGACAACAGGGGCACAAACUACGACAGAACAGGCAACUACUACGUCUGAGGCAGAUACCACAACGGUUCAACUGACAACGUCGACUGAAACUCUUACUACCACUGUGGAUCAAACAACAACUUCUGAAGUUCUGUCUACAACUGUAGACCAAACCACAACAGGUGCACAAGCUACGACGGAACCGGCCACUACUUCUACAGAGGCAGAUACAACAACAGUUCAACUGACAACGUCGACUGAAGCUCCAACUACCACUAUCAAACCACAACAGGUACACAAACUACGACGGAACCGGCCACUACUUCUACGGAGGCAGAUACAACAACGGUUCAACUUACAACGUCGACUGAAGCUCCAACUACCACUGUGGAUAAAACAACAACUUCUGAAUUUCUCUCAACAACUUUAG